AUGGAAGAAGAGAGCUACAGGGAAAAAUAUAAGGCUUUAAAAAGUAAAUUUAAAGCUGCACAAGUGGUAAUGGUCAAUGAAGGAUCACUUAAAACUGUCUUCCCAGUUAGAAAUUGCGAUGAAAGCUGUUAAUUGUUUAUUAAGAGAGAAAAGGUAAGCCUUAUUAAGAUUCCUUACAGAAAAGCUGAACAUUGUGACAAAAAAAGCUGAUAAGCCAGUUAAAAGAGCUAAAAUUGAAGAAGCUCAGCCACCUGAAGAACAAAAUAAUGAUUUAUAA